CGCCCGGCGCUCCUCCUCCUUCCGCUUCCGGCCCCGCCCCUUCCGCCCGCGUGCGUCCAGCGGCGGCGGCAGCAGCGGAGCUUCUCCCCGCUCCUCCCCCCCCCACCGCCGCUCCCGCGGGCGCUGAUUGGCUGCGAGGGGCCCCCCCCGUGCCCCGCCCCCACCGGAGCGGCGCGGCGGGCGCUGAUUGGCUGCGAGGGGCUUUUCGCCCCCCCCCCACCGUGCCCCGCCCCCACCGGAGCGGCGCGGCGAGGCGAACCGGGCGGCGCUGAUUGGGAGGCGGCGCCGAGCGAGGGGGCGUGGCCUGCCGCCGAGGGGGCGUGGCCUGCCGCCGAGGGGUGUGAUCUGCCGCCGAGGGGGCGUGGUCUGCCGCCGAGGGGGCGUGGCCUGCAGCCGCCAUGCCGAAGCGGAGCAAGAAGGAGGCGGCGGAGGGAGACGCUGGGAAGGAAGCGGCCGCUGAGACCGGAGGGCGCCCCCCGAAGGCCCCGCGGGGCGACGGGGGGGAGGCGGCGCCCUACGAGGACCCCCCCGACCGGCUGACGUCACCGGGGGGGCAGCGCUUCACCCUCAAGGUGACGUCGUGGAACGUCGACGGCCUCCGCGCCUGGGUGCGCAAGCAGGGCCUGCAGUGGGUGCAGGAGGAGGCCCCGGACGUGCUGUGCCUGCAGGAGACCAAGUGCGCGGGGGGGGCGGUGCCCCCGGAGGUGCGGGCCCUGCCCGGCCUCCCCCACCAGUUCUGGGCCAGCGCCGAGGGCAAGGCCGGCUACAGCGGCGUGGGGCUGCUGGCCCGCCACGAGCCCCUCAGCGUCACCUACGGCAUCGGCGACGAGGAGCACGACCGCGAGGGCCGCGUCCUCACCGCCGAGUUCCCCGCCCUCUUCGUGGUGGCCGCCUACGUCCCCAACGCCGGCCGCGGCUUGGCCCGCCUGGGCCGCCGUACCCGCUGGGACGCCGCCUUCCGCGCCUUCCUCGCCCGCCUCGACGCCCGCAAGCCCGUGGCCCUCGCCGGCGACCUCAACGUGGCCCACGGCCCCCUCGACCUCCGCCACCCCCGCGCCAACCGCCGGGCGCCCGGCUUCACCGACGAGGAGCGCGGGGCCUUCACCGCCCUCCUGGACGCCGGCUUCAUCGACUCCUUCCGCCACCUUUACCCCGCCGUGCCCCACGCCUACACCUUCUGGACCUACUUGGGGGGCGCCCGGGCCCGCAACGUGGGCUGGCGCCUCGACUACUUCGUCCUCUCCCGGCGGCUCCAAGGGGCCCUUUGCGACAGCAAGAUCCGCUCCAAGGUCAUGGGCAGCGACCACUGCCCCAUCACGCUCUACCUGGCCCUAUAGCUGCCCUAUAGCCCUCUAAGCCUGGUUUAUAUGGGGCUGGGGUCUUCCAUGUUGGGUUGUGAUGGUCCCAUCACACUCUACCUGGCCCUAUAGCUGCCCUAUAGCCCCCUAAGCCUGGUCUGUAUGGGGCUGGGGUCUUCUCCGUUGGGUCAUGAUGGUCCCAUCAAGCUCUGCUUGGCCCUAUAGCUGCCCUAUAGCCCUCUAAGCGUGGUCUGUAUGGGGCCAUCGUGGUCCUUCUGGGGUCGUGAUGGUCCUAUCAUGCUCUACCUGGCCCUAUAGCUGCCCUAUAGCCCCCUAAACCUGGUCUAUAUGGGGCUGGGGUCUUCUCCGUUGGGUUGUGAUGGUCCCAUCACGCUCUACCUGGCCCUAUAGCUGCCCUAUAGCCCCCUAAACCUGGUCUAUAUGGGGCUGAGGUCUUCCAUGUUGGGUUGUGAUGGUCCCAUCACGCUCUACCUGGCCCUAUAGCUGCCCUAUAGCCCCCUAAGCUUGGUCUAUAUGGGGCUGAGGUCUUCUCCGUUGGGUUGUGAUGGUCCCAUCAUGCUCUACCUGGCCCUGUAGCUGCCCUAUAGCCCCCUAAGCUUGGUCUAUAUGGGGCUGAGGUCUUCCAUGUUGGGUUGUGAUGGUCCCAUCACGCUCUACCUGGCCCUAUAGCUGCCCUAUAGCCCCCUAAGCGUGGUCUGUAUGGGGCCAUCGUGGUCCUUCUGGGGUCGUGAUGGUCCUAUCAUGCUCUGCUUGGCCCUAUAGCUGCCCUAUAGCCCCCUAAACCUGGUCUAUAUGGGGCUGGGGUCUUCUCCGUUGGGUCAUGAUGGUCCCAUCACGCUCUGCUUGGCCCUAUAGCUGCCCUAUAGCCCCCUAAACCUGGUCUAUAUGGGGCUGAGGUCUUCUCCGUUGGGUUGUGAUGGUCCCAUCACGCUCUACCUGGCCCUAUAGCUGCCCUAUAGCCCCCUAAACCUGGUCUAUAUGGGGCUGGGGUCUUCUCCGUUGGGUCGUGAUGGUCUCAUCAAGUUCUGCUUGGUCUUAUAGCUGCCCUAUAGCCCUCUAAGCUUGGUCUAUAUGGGGUUGAGGUCUUCUAUGUUGGGUUGUGAUGGUCCCAUCAUGCUCUACCUGGCCCUAUAGCUGCCCUAUAGUCCCCUAAACCUGGUCUAUAUGGGGCUGGGGUCUUCUCCGUUGGGUCAUGAUGGUCCCAUCAAGCUCUGCUUGGCCCUAUAGCUGCCCUAUAGCCCUCUAAGCGUGGUCUGUAUGGGGCUGAGGUCUUCUCCGUUGGGUUGUGGUGGUCCCAUCAUGCCCUACUUGGCCCUAUAGCUGCCCUAUAGCCCCCUAAACCUGGUCUAUAUGGGGCUGAGGUCUUCUCCGUUGGGUUGUGAUGGUCCCAUCACGCUCUACCUGGCCCUAUAGCUGCCCUAUAGCCCCCUAAAUCUGGUCUGUACGGGGCCAUCAUGUUUUUGGGGGGCUCACGAUGGUCCCACCAACCUCCGACCCUAUAGCCGCCCACCCCGCAGCCCCAUAAGUCCAGUCUAUAGGGGCCUCUCGUGCUCCGUUUAGGGUCAGGAUGGUCCCAUCAACCCCCGCUUGACCCUAUAGGUCUCCUACAGCCCCAUAAGUCUCGUCAGAGGGCCCCCCCCAGCCCCUAUGGACCUAUAGGGACCCCCCGCAACCCCUCUACCCCCCCAUAGGGCCCUAUAGCCCCCCCCAAUUUAUAGAGCCCUAUAUAGGGCACUGUAUAGCCCCCCGAGCUGUAUAGAUCUCGUCAUCCCCUAUAGACCCGCAACCCCUAUAGCCCCCCUUGAUGUGUAUAAGCCCCCCCCCCCAGGCCCUAUAGCACCCCUGCCCCCCGCUCAGCCCAUAUGGACCCACCACCCUAUAGGCUCCCUGUGACCCCUAUAGGCUCCCUGUGACCCCCCUAUAGCCCCAUUGGCCCCCCCAGCCCCUAUAGACCCAACAUCCGUAGUGCCCCCGACCUCCUAUAGGCUCCCUGGGCCCCUAUAGCAUUCUUUGGCCCCUACAGACCCCCCCCCAGCUCCUAUAGACCCAGCACCCAUAGCUCCCCAUGGCCCCUAUAGCCUCCCCAGGCCAUAUAGACCCCACACCCCUAGCGCCUCCGAUCCCCUAUAGGCUCCCCGUGACCCCUAUAGCCCCCAUUGGCCCCAUAGACCCCCCCCCAGCCCCUAUAGACCCAACACCCGUAGUGCCUCUGACCCUCUAUAGGCUCCCCGUGACCCCUAUAGCCCACUUUGGUCUGUAUAGACCCCCCCCAGCUCCUAUAGGCCCUGCACCCAUAGCUCGCCAUGAUGCCUAUACCCCCUUUGGUCCCUAUAGACCCCCCCACAAGCUCCCCCAGACCCUACAGACCCAAGACCCAUAGCUCCCCUGAUCCUCUAUAGGGUCCCCAUGACCCUUACAGCCCCCUUUGGCCCCUGUAGACCACCCUGCAGCCCCUAUAGACCCAACACCCCUAGCUCCCCUGACUUCCUAUAGGCUCCCCAUGGUCCCUGUAGCCCCCCUUGGCCCCUAUAGAUCCCCCCUCAGCUCCUAUAGACCCAGCACCCAUAGCACCUCCGAUCCCUUAUGGGCUCCCCAUGACUCCUAUAGCCCCCAUUGACCCUUAUAGACCCCCCCCGCCCCUAUACAUCCAACACCCCUAGCUCCCCAGUCCCCUAUAGGCUCCUCGUGACCCCUAUAGCCCCCACUGGCUCCUAUAGAUCCCCCCAAGCCCCUAUAGCCCCUAUAGACCCAACACCCAUAGCUCCCCCAUAGGCUCCCUAUGAUCCCUAUAGGCUCCCUGUGACCCCCUAUAGCCCCCCCAGCCCCUAUAGACCCCCCCAAGCCCCUAUAGUCCCCCCAGCCCCUAUAGACCCCCCCAAGCCCCUAUAGUCCCUACGCCCAUAGCUCCCCCAUAGGCUCCCUAUGACCCCUAUAGGCUCCCUGUGACCCUCUAUAGCCCCUCCAGCCCCUAUAGACCCCCCAAGCCCCUAUAGUCCCCCCAGCCCCUAUAGACCCCCCCAGCCCCUAUAGUCCCUACGCCCAUAGCUCCCCUAUAGGCUCCCUAUAACCCCUAUAGGCUCCCUGUGACCCCCUAUAGCCCCCCCAGCCCCUACAGACCCCCCCCAAGCCCCUAUAGCCCCCCCCAGCCCCUAUAGAUCCAACGCCUAUAGCUCCCCCAUAGGCUCCCUAUGACCCCUAUAGGCUCCCUGUGACCCCCUAUAGCCCCCCCGAGACCUAUAGCCCCCCCCGCCACCUAUAUAGUUCCCGACGUCCCCUAUAGCCCCUCCCCCAGCCCCUAUAGCCCCUCCCCCCCCGGCCCGGCCGGCCCUCAGGGACCCCCGCUAUUUUUUUAACCUCCCCCCCCAAAAAACACUGCCCCCCCCAACCCCGUGCGGGGGGGGGGGCAAUAAAAGGUGGCGGAAAAAAAAAA